UCAUGGCCACACGCACACUCACAAGGCCGCUCGAUACCCAAGCAGAAAUAUAUAAAACAAGAUUACAUCGAUAUAUUGAGUCUAUUAAAAUAUCGGCAAAACAACAUUUCACACCGCUGUUUGCGGCUAGGCUCAGGCAGGAAGUUGGCGCAGUGGAUGCAAGGUUGUAUUGAAUCUGUCCAGCUGGCAAACCCGCCCACACCUCGUCUCGAUCACUUUGGUACAAAUCCCUACUGCUCUACGGUGAAGGUGACGUGCAUGUAUCGAACACGACUGCACUCCCAGGUAAUCGCCAAUAUCAACUGAUUACACAACUCGAAGGGAAACUUUGAUCGCAUUCUAAGCGAGUUCAAGCAUCAAGGCAGUGAUACGUAACCACGGCUAGCGCAGUUCUUCUCUGAAUCUCUGAACUACUGACCAGCCCACUGCAAACAGGUAGUUACCGUCAACGACCACUAUUAUACAGCUCCCUGUCUGCAACUGCAAGUUCUAAAAGGGAUCGGGUUGUAUAAAGAUUCUGCUGACGUUUACUUUGACACGAGAACCAAGGCAGUGCUAACUCAGACAUCACAUAACUCAAUGGCGAACGUCAAGGAACAGCUUGCUAGCGUACGGGAGGUUGUACCUCACCGCAAGAAGGAAGACAUACUGCUUGUCCUGCAGCACUUUGAUAACGACGUGCCCAAGACAAUCCAAGCUUUCAUGGAAGAUGGAGCUGCAGAAGUACUUAAGGAGUGGAACGUAGCCAACAAACGCAAGACGAUUAACAACAAGAACAAGAAGAAGCGGGGCAAGUCACAGCAGUCAGCAGGCCAGGAAGAUGGCGCACCGUCGGCUAACAGACUACAGGAAGAAUGCAUUUCCAAUAACAACAACAUAGACAAACCUAUUGAAGCUGCAAGAGAUAGCCAAGUCGGAGGAGGGAAACCAAACUGGAGUAGCCAGCAACCGAAGCCUACCAGUUCUGCAACUCUGGAUGUCAAACCAGCACAACACCAAAGUGGCCCCAUGCCUGCAGAUAAUAGCCCCAAACAGCAGCGCCGACCCAAGCCUGGCAGGGCCCAGUUGCAGCCCGGGGGGAACCCGGGCAGCACCACACAAAGCCAACCUCAGGAACCCAGAGAGCACCCAACGCAUGCCCAGACCCAACCCAAGCCCAAACCCCAGCAGGGGAGAAAUCCCAGGGAGUCGUCCCAAACCCAGGACAGGGAUGGGGGUGGCAGUGGCGGCAACAGACAGGCCUCAGGACCAGCACCCGACCGGACUGGCAAUGAUAGGUCGGGCCUGGGGUCAGAUCAGGCUGCAGCCCCUAAACAGGGUCAGAGUUCAGAGGGCAUGAGGAAGAGGGAUAGAAACGUGAGUGAGUCCAGUUCAGUAGCUGAUCCGUCCAAACCCAGAAAGACAGGCAUGUCGUUGGACAAGUCAUCAAAGGACCUGCAGAGGACAGUGGUGUCACUGACACGGCAUAAAAACGUGCUUGACGAAGAGAUUGAGAAGGCAGAGAAGAGACUGAAGAAGGCAUUUGAGGACGCAAGGGCAAGUUUGAAAUCUCGAGAGGAGGAGCUUAUGAGACAGAUUCAAGAGAUCAAGCGGCAAGCAACCUCCCUUCUGGACGAUAGACAGCAUCGGGCUUUUGAGCUGAAGCAAGAAAUAAGCCGAGCUGUAAGCAAGACGGACAGUGAGCUCUUGGAGCUCAGAGCAGACAUCAAGCAUUUCGUCUCUGAGAGAAAAAUUGACGAGGAGAUCGGGCGGUCAUCUCGCUUCACCGGAAACCCUGACAAACUGCAAGAGGCCGUCAAGAACUUUGGGGAAGUCCUGCCCAUAAGAAGCACAUACUCGGAACGUCGUCACUCCCUGACCUCACUGACCAGCAUGGACAGCCUGAGCCGCCCGACCUCUGUCAGCGACGACCACGGCGGACUCCUAAGCCGCUCUGCCUCAGCCCUGGAGAACAAGGUGUCCGCCCCAACCACACCCACCUCCCCAACGACCCCUGACGGUGACGACAUGCACUCGGAGGUGGCUAAGAUGGCCGCCAAGAUGCAGCGAUCCCUGCAGAGCCAGAGAGGUCGUGGUCCUCGAAACCCACGUCCUCAAGGCGAUGGUGUCAGACAGGUCCAGCAAGGUAGCAAUCCCAGACAGGGUCAGUCUGCCAAAGAGGGCAGCAGACAGGACCAACGGGGUAACAGAGGCCGCCACGAUGGGCCCAGCAGGAACAGUCCUCGGGGUGCCGAGGACAAGCCGCACAGCGACACUAUGCUGGAGGGCCGCCGGAACGAUCGACCGCACAACGACCGCACAAGGAAUGACAGGCCACGGAGUGACAGACCGCGCCACGACAGAGGAGAAGGAGGACGGGGCAAAGAUGGGGAGGUGCCUCGCAACAAGGACAGGAACAUCCGCCGGCGGGAGCAAUACAGGCGGCGGCACGACCAAGGGGGCGAGGCUAAGCCAGAGGUGGGGGCGGACAAGGAAACCAAGAAUGAAGUGAGUGCUGUGCCCCAUCCGGACACCAUUCCACUCACGCCAAAUGAGCCGUCCACCCCAAAAGCCUGACAAGAAACCCACAGACACUGUCAAUGGCGUUCUCCCGAUGGCCAACGGUAAACCUCAUGAUGGCAGCCUGGAGGAGCUCAAACUGCACACACCACCAACACAGACAAAGUCGGGAGACCAGGCCAAGAAGGAUGGCCCACUGGUCAAUGGCAGCGUGAGCAGCAGUGCCGAGACCACACCCAUUGAGGCGCUGCCCCAGCGCAAACCUCGCGAGGACCGCAACCGGAAGAGGGUGGAGGAAGUGGUCAAGGAGGUGACUUCCAUGAAUGGCAUGACGAACGGAGAGGUCAUGGUGAACGGAGAGAGCUAGGAAAGAAGGAAGCCAACAAACCAAGGCAUCAUUGGAAUGACAUCAAGAAAUAUCAACAGUAUUGAAUAGGAACUACUGGUCACAGUGGCAUGGGAUGGCCUGCUUAUAUCAAAAAGACACAAAGAGUCACUGCUUUUUUUUCCAAAUUCCAUACCCAACUGCCACUCCAUGUGUUAUGUCUGAAUUGAAAAAACAAACACCGAAAGACCAGACACGAGGAAGAUUCGUCUGAAAAGGGCUUGAAAGUUAUCCCUUAUCGGGAAGCUUUUGUAACUUCAAGUAUUAUGGAAACUAUACAUGUUUGUCAGUUGAUUGACUUACUUGUAUUUGUCUGACAUUUGCAUGCAUUUUUGAUCUGGGUUUGUGGUAUUAUUGGCUUCGUCACUUUAAUAUUUAUCAACCUUGCAUCCUUUGAAUGCUGCAGAUAUCUUUGUUGAUUAAAAAAAAUUACAUAUAUAUUCAUUAUUACCUAUGUAAAACGUAAGAUUAAAUUAAUUUGUGUGUGCUGUCUAUGAUUAUAGCUUAGAUGAACUAAUAUUAGGACCAGUAUGUAUAACUCAAACAUUUUAUUUGGUCAUUAUCAUCCGUUAUUGUUUAUGUUAACAGAGUUAUUUUAUAUUGAUUUCUUGUAGAGGCUGUUCAGUGUAUGCUUUUAUUGAUCGCUGCUGUAGAAAGGAUAAAAAAUAUAUAUAUGCUGUGUGACCAUGGAAAUUUUGGAAGGGUAAAAGUUUUCUCUGUGAAUAGCCGAAAGAUUUAUCAGUGUCAAGAGAAUGUCUGGAAUCGCUGUGCUUGACAAUUUCUGUAAAUUCCUGGAGACAUAUAACUUAUUGAGAAAUGCCUGAAAGAUGACAUCAGUAUUUUUGUGGACGUACACGUAACUCAAAAGGUGUGUUUCUGGUUGCUGGGGCUUGCAUAUUUAAAACAUCCUACUGAAUUCUUAAUGAAUGCCAGGCAAUGGGUGGCAACGGGAAGCACGUCAUUCUUCAGAGAUAUUCUCAUCUGGCACUAUAGUCUCAAGCCUAAUUCUCACUGAAAUGAGUGUGGUUGUACUUUGAUCGUAUUUCAUUUGUUCAUCCAUGUAAAAGUUGCCGCGAGAGCAGCUUUUUUCCAACUUGGGACUUUACUACCUCAUGUAAACGUUCAGAAUUUUUGCAGGUCAACUUUAAAUUGUACUUACACCAUUUGGGUUUUAGGUUGCUUACGGUGGCAACGUUUUCUCCCCAGGUUUUUAAAGCCGAUUAGAAUGAAACAGAAGUCAAAUGAAGCUUCUGAGCCUCAAACGCCAAUCUAACUGUAUUCUGUGCUUCACGUAAAAAAAUGAAGAAAAUUCACAAGUUUGAAUCCUUUCAUAUCGAUCUAUUCAGGUAUUGAGGUGAAGUUGGGCACAUUUUCUUGACUCUCGCAAUUUGUUUGUAGAAUGGCAUUGCUACAAGCUGUUAAUGUUAUCACCAGUUUAAAGAAAAACAAAAAAAGCAUAUCUGAAUCGCCUUUUUUCUGGAGCUGUCUUUUUGUGGGCUUACUGAUAUGUACCAAAUGAGCUUGUACAGUUGCAUGUUGUGAAGCUUGCUCUGACAGGAUAUUCAGUUUUUGUUUUUUUUCCGUGCACUUUGGCACUUAAACUCGACAAGCAGUACUUUUGUGUUUUCCUCUUUCAUCGGGAACAAGUGUUUGAUAUGACUCACUCAGUUCACACCUAAAAAUGGAAAUGUUGCAGAGGAGGGACCACCCAGUGGGCAUUUACGUUUACAUAUAGAUGGCGAAAAACAAACAUUCCGGUUUGAACUUCAAAUUGAGCUUAUGAUAAGGCGUGGUAGUUUAUUUCAAGCACAAAAAUGGACGAGUAUUAAAAAAAAGUGCAAAUUUCGUUAUCCAAGGGAAUCUGUAUACUGUUCAAAAUGUAUCCAAUAUUGAAUUAGUGUCUGAAUUGAAUUUGAUAAAACAUAUUUUGGUCCUUUUUUUGCAUUGCAUUGAAGUGUUCUGAUAAAGUACUGGCAGCCUUACUGUUAGUACGUGCCAUUUACUUUUUUCUUUUGUCUGGCGAUAAUUCACUGAAGAAUUGUAUUCUUCUGGGCUAACAAAUACAGUGACUAUGAGUUUAAAAAGUGCCCUUGCAUGAUCAGAUUUUGUUAGUUUGUCAAAGUUAAUGUUUACUCUGUCAGAUUUUUUAUCAGAAUUCUUCAAAAUUGUUGAGUAGGGAAGUCGAAGAGAGCCAUGGUAAUGUCUCUUUGUCACUAAGAAUUUGUACUUAAGUUUGUGUUGGAUGUGUUGUGUAUUGAGUGUAUUCUGUGCUGUCGUAAGUGGAGGUUUAUCAAAAGAUUGCUUUUUCUUCCUGUCUGUCUGAAGAAGGAAUAUGGUGAGGAUUGUCCUUUUUGACCCAGUUUUGACCCCAAAAGUAUUGACACAGACGUUUGUAAAGGGGGAAAAAUGUGAGUCUUUUCUAAGAGUGGUAGUGUGUAAACAAAGGACUGUGGUGAUUGCCCUAGAAAAAGUGCUGCGCUCUCGGAAAAUUGCAAAGUUUGUGACUUGGUAAUGUGUAAAAACAAAGGCAAAAAAAAA